AACCAGGAAGUCUUGGUUUGUAUCUUUGCUGCCGCGAAAUUUGGUCGUCAACAGCAUGGCGGAGAACUUCCCCAAGUCUAAACUGAAACGGAAGAAAUGCGCGGAGAUAAUUCAGACGAAAAGUGUGCUGAAGAGCAGCCAGCUCAGCCCGGGCUCCGGCGCCGCGGCACCACAGACCGGCAGGUCGGCGGCUCCUCCAGCAGCAUGGUGGGACUCAGAGCAGCUGCCUGCAUCACACACACUGUGGCUCCUCACACUCAGCUGUGCUGUGCCACACCUGGAGGACCAGCGCUGGGCCCCUGUUCCUGAGCUCCCACAUGUGUCCCCUGCGAGACCUGAUCCAUGUAAGCCAGGUGAUGAGCAGUGGUGUGAUCUGAGUGAAGAAGUUGCCCCCUUUCCUGAACCCUCUUCCCCUCCUACGAGGGUUUCACCCACUCUGAACCCUUUGACUCUCAGCUCCUCCUUUCAGGAACUCCCAGCACAGGCUGGAUCAGCAGCAAUAGCUCCUGAUGCUGUGGUCCUCGAAACACGUUCGGUGCCUCUCCACGACAAACAGCCCUGUGUCCGUAGUUGGGACACGCGUGCAUCAUUACCACAACCUGGGAGUGAUGGUGAGGAGAGGAAACAGAGCAGACUCAUUGAAGGGCAGCAUCUUGCAAAGCAGAGGAACAUUUGUGGAAGCCAAGCUCCUCUGCAGAGGGAGGGUGAAAAUGAGCAGGAGGUAGAGGACAAAGAGGAGGCUCUCAGGAGCUGCAGCAGAGAUGGAGCUGAUGGAGGAGGAAGAGGAGGGCUGCAGAGCUGCCCCAUGUGUCUGCUGGUGUUCCCUGCUGGGUUCACCCAGAUGGACUGUGACGGCCACCUGGCUCAGUGUCUCUCAGAGAUGAAUGCGGACAUGACCUGGUAAGCUGACAGGACACUGGCUGUUUUCCAGUCCGUAUGUGGAACUUCAGUGCCCUGCAUCCUACACGUCCACAUCAUGUUGGGGGAAAAAAAAGACACGGCCAAGGGAGCAGCUCUACCAGAGAACAGUCCGUGUGUUCUCUUGUUACUGACAUGUUACUCAGGCUUGUGGUGGACUAUGGCUUUCAGCCCAACUGGAGGUGAAGCCAGACUGUUCACCUCCUUUUAGGAAAACAACAGUCCAGAAAGGAAGGCUGUGUGUUUAAGGAUAUGGAAGUGACUUAGCAACAGCAAGUCAUGAAGAAGUGAUAGAAUUUACACCGAGGCCACAUCGGGAGCCGUGGCAGCAAGAGCUUGAGGAAAAUUUCGUCUCCCUUUUGAUUAGAGCCCUUCAGAGGUCCCUAUGGUGUCUCCAACUGGAAUUAAUCUGUUGUCUUUAGGCACGGGCCUUCAACUAAUGCCUGGGAUUCCCGUUGGUCAAGAAGAUCUUGAAACGGAAAUGAAAAUUCAUCCCGUCUUGUCUUGUGGGAGGCGGGACACCAAAAUGGAACUGGGCCAGUGUUGGCUACACCACAUCUUCCUCACAGAGCCAUCGAAGAUCAGGUUAGGUUCAGUAUGUUGAAACAUUAACCAUGUUGCACCAUUCAUCUCACUCCUAGGUAAAGACGGGCUUGCACAUGUGAUUUCUCUUUUUCAAAUAUUUGUUUGUUAUUGUAAUAUCAGUUUCCCCCUUAUUUAGUUGAAAAUGUGUACCACAAACAAGGAACUGCAAAUAAAUUCAUAUAUGCAUAUGUAUAUGUACCAAAUACUCCUGUGUGAAUUUCCCAUAUGAAUUUAGAGUAAACAUUUCAGAUGUCUUUCCCAGUAUCACAUAACAGCAAAUGGUAUUACAUUAACAUGAGCAAAUUUUAUAAAAUUUCCCAAUUUUAACUCAUUAACUAAUGAGCAGAGACUUAAGACCCUAGUUUGUUGUGAAGCCAAUUCCCAGGUGUGGAAAGUACAGCCAAAUAUUUAUAUUCAUCUGCAAAGAUUUUCUGCUGCAGUCUGCAAAAAGGAGGGACUCUGUUCACGGAAAACCAGUAUCAUUUUUAAUAAUUACAGAUAUUUACAAAGAUGCGUUAAAGCAGAAUUAAGCACAUCCAACCAGCAUAUGUUAGAACAAAAUCAUGGACUAAGUUGAUUCAUUUUAAAUAAAGAUUCUCUGUC